AUGGCGUCCCACGAUCAUACUCACGCGGGUACCACCCCCGCGGAACUCAAGCAUCGCAGCGUGAGCCCAUCUCCCCACGUUCAACAACAAUACCACAAUCCUACCCCGGGCCUGGGCUUGGAUCCUUCCAUGUCGACCGCAUUCGCCUCGAAUCCCUCCUUCAACAACCAGAAUCCGGAUGCGAAUGUCGCCGGCACCGACUCCUAUGGCUACUCGGCCACAUACCUUUCUGCAGCCCCGCCAGCACAGAGCCUCGCGCCCCCAUCUGAGCCCUUCCCGCCCACCAUCAAUACCAACAACCUCGCAAUGUCGCAGUCAUUCAACCCCGCCCUGGUCAAUCAGCUCGACCCAGGAUCCUCAGGUCUGCAACCUCCGCAUGGAAAUGAGAAUUUCUCCAAUCUCUUGAAUUCCAACGCGGGAGGGGAGCUGGACUUUUCGGCCUAUUCCAACCACAGCCCCAACAGCACCAGCGCAUCCGAUUAUGACUCGUCACUCCUGUUGGAUCCCCAAAUGCACCAGCGCCCGCAGCCCAUGCACCAGGCAGUGAACCCAGCCGAUCUCGUCAGCCCGGUCUCCAACCACUCCGCAUCAUCACGCCCAUCGUCGCAGGACCCCCACCAGUCUUCACCGGGGCCCAUGUCCCCCCCCGGGUCUACCCCGGGUACCUAUUAUACCCCGCAGCAUUCUCGACACACCUCGCUGGACCCGGGCAUGGCCGCUUAUCUGAGUGCGCAAUCAAACCAAGACUGGGGGUCGAUGAUGAACAAUUCCGCAUUCCAGAAUCACCGCCGAGCGCCGUCAGAGGUGUCCGAAGCAUCCAAUCACUCGCCAUAUCUAUCUCAGCACGAGUAUGAUGGCAUUGAGAACAAUGCUUCGCCAUCGCUCGCCCCGCAGAAUGACCCUGCGCUAUAUGACAAUGCCCUCGGCAUGGAACAAUUCACGCUCUCUGAGCAGCAGCAGCAGCAACAAGGUUACAGCCCGCUCCACAGUCCAUAUAUUUCCCCGCGAUUGAUGCCUCAGCAAGGGGUCGAGAUGGUUCCCAACGCGCAAUAUCUCACUUCGAGUGUCAAUAGCCAAUUCCCUGCUGCGCCGACCGAUAUGUAUGGAAUGCCCGCAGAUGACAUGGUUGCCAUGAAUAGCGGUGCUGCAGACAUUGGACAAGCAUCUCAGAUGGCACCCCCUUCCAUCAACGUCGAGUUCGCUCCGCCGUCACGAAACCCGAGUUUUGGUCCUUCCAAGCCCGCUACUGACUUGGAUUCCCUGAGUCCCCCCGCUAUGAGGUCUCGCGUGCGCACCUCGAGGCUCUUGCCCCGACAUCUCCUCGGUCUUUGUCACCCCCACUCGCGUAGCAACCCCAGCUCCCGUGAUCCAUCACCGUCAAGAUCCAACCGCCGCCUAUCAACGUCAUCUAUCGAUAGUCGCAACUAUAUCUUGGAUUUGGCGGAUCCUCAACGCCCCGGCGCAGUCCCUGGAGACUCGAAGCGUGUGCAAAAGCACCCUGCCACUUUCCAGUGCAACCUCUGCCCCAAACGAUUUACUCGCGCCUACAACUUGCGCUCGCAUCUCCGCACCCACACAGACGAACGCCCGUUCGUCUGCACUGUCUGCGGUAAAGCAUUUGCCCGACAGCAUGAUCGGAAGCGUCACGAGGGUCUUCACUCCGGCGAAAAGAAGUUCGUUUGUCGGGGUGACUUGUCCCAAGGGGGGCACUGGGGUUGCGGCCGUCGCUUUGCCCGUGCAGACGCCCUCGGUCGACACUUCAGAUCUGAAGCGGGUCGGGUGUGUAUCAAGCCCCUUCUCGACGAAGAAUCUCAAGAGCGCGAGCGUCUCCUACUCCAGCAGCAACAGCAGCAACAUCAGCAACAGCCGACUGGACACCUCCAGCCCGUUCCGCAGCCGCUGGUUAUGCCCGGUGUUCCAGGUAUGGACGGUCAAUCUUCUGGCAAUUUUGUCCUACCAGCCGCGCUUCUCGCGCAAUACCCUGCGCUACAGAAUCUCCAAUGGGAUCAGAUUGCUGCCGGUGCCGAUGAUCCCAGCGACAUCGGUGGCCGGAGCAGCUUCGAUGCCAGCUCAGGCGGUGAGUUCGGGUUUGACGAAGACGAGUCGGGCAUCAGCAGUGUGUCAGGCAUGAGUGGAGGCUACACGAACAACCAGGGUGCCAUGUACGGCGUCAAUAACCAGGGUCAAUUGCUUGGCGUUAACCCCGGUGAUCCUGGAUACCCGGACCAACAAAAUUGGAGUUGA